CGGUAGACGGUCACGAAGGAGGCAAAGGGAAGAAGAGCCUUUUUGAAAUAGUGGGAAAAUGACGACUGGGUUUGAACGAUGCAGGUUUAAUGGACUGGACUUGUUCCCGAUGGCGUUUCGACGACCCCCUUCUCUUGGUUUCUUCACUUUCCUUUCUUCGUCACUGAGUUUUUGGUUUCUGAACUCUGAUUCUUGUUCCGUUUCAGUCAUUUGAUAAGGGGGUGAAAUAAUCGAGCUCCGAUGAAUCUUCCGGUCAUAUAGCUGAAAAAUGAUACAUGAACCUGAAUUUCAUAUGGCGAAUUAACUUGGUAGGCUGUGCUAAACCUGGUUGGACGAGGAUGAGGUUAUGAAUGUGCAUUGUUCUAUGUUUGUUUUGUAAUUUUCAUGGGCAGACGUUUCAGAAAUGUCGUCUCUGAAACGUCAUCAAGGGUGAUCUGAUAAGUUAGGAUAUAGUAGUGAGGUACUAUAGCUGUUCUGCCAUUAGAACUUUUGUGGCCCUAGUAUGGACCACGGUGAAACCGAAAGUGACCAGAUUGGGCAGUCUAUACAAUUCUACAACUGUUUCAAAGUUCCAAGCCUGAGUGAAACGAUUUUGGAAACUACGCAAGUUGCAAAUUUAAAAGAUCGGUAUGUGUUGGGAGAACGAUUGGGUUGGGGACAAUUUGGUGUGAUUCGGUCGUGUUCGGAUAGGCUGACUGGUGAGAUGUUAGCUUGCAAGUCUAUUGCCAAGGAUAAAUUGAUGACAGUUGAUGAUGUGCGCAGUGUUAAGCUCGAGAUUGAAAUAAUGUCUCGAUUGUCUGGGCAUCCAAAUGUUGUAGAUCUAAAGGCAGUCUACGAGGAGGAAGAUUGUGUGCACUUAUUAAUGGAGUUGUGUGCUGGUGGGGAGCUUUUCCACCAGCUUGAGAAGCACGGCAGGUUCUUGGAAUCGGAUGCUCGGGUUAUCUUCAGGCAUCUAAUUCAAGUGGUCAAAUAUUGUCAUGAGAAUGGUGUGGUUCAUAGAGAUCUGAAGCCAGAAAACAUUCUAUUAGCCACAACCUCCUCCUCGUCUCCAAUUAAGUUGGCAGAUUUUGGUCUUGCAACUUAUAUCAAACCUGGUCAAUAUUUGCACGGUACUGUGGGGAGUCCAUUUUACAUCGCCCCAGAAGUUCUGUCCGGAGGCUAUAACCAAGCUGCGGAUGUGUGGAGUUCUGGAGUUGUCCUUUAUAUUCUUCUCAGUGGGAUGCCCCCAUUUUGGGGCAAGACAAAAUCAAGAAUUUUUGAAGCUGUUAGAGCUGCAGAUUUACGUUUUCCUUCUAAUCUUUGGGAUCAGGUGUCUUCAUCUGCAAAGGACUUAAUCACCAGGAUGCUUUGCAUCGAUCCUUCAAAGCGGCUCACUGCCAAGGAGGUUCUAGCUCACUCAUGGAUGAAAGAUGCUGUCCAAGCAUCUCAAGAGCAGGAAAAGCUAGACGCCCGAGAUAGCAGACGGGUGGAAGCAAGCAUAAGUUUGUUGCCUGCUCCAUUCAUGGUCAGAAACCAGGAUUUUAGCUUCAGUGAUGGAAAUCCUGUGAUUUGUGAGGACCAAAUGGGACAUUCACCUGUAUUCACAUGCAAAUCAUCAUUCUCUUCUUUCCUUUUGGAUAACAGUGGCACGCCGAGUUCUGUUCCCGGAGGAUUUUCUUUCAGCAGUUGUGUUGAAUUAGAUAUAGCCACCGAGUCUUCAUCACCAAUUCCAAAGCUUCCCAGCUUUACCUUCGUCAGUCCGUGUUCAACGAUUGAUCAAGGAAACAGUUCUAUGAGAUUCAAAGCAAAUUUGUCACUGUCAGAUUCGCUUCACGAAGAACCAAUAAAGAGAAAGCUGUGUGUUCUGCUGGAACCAACAAAUCCAGGCAAGCACAAGUUUGGAGAAAUGGAGUGGAAAGAAACUCGAAAGGGAGGACCGGGUGGGUCGAGAGGGACCAAUAUUCCAAGCAAAAGGAAUCAUACAAUCGGACUUGGAGAACUGGAUCAGCUUAAUCUGAUCGUGACCGAAUCAGUUAUACGAUGGGCAUCGUGCACACAUAUACCGACCACCCCAUCCCUUACGCUAUCACUUGUUUGUUAAAAUUGUUUAGGAAAGCAUGAAUGAUAGAAAGAAAGGUGGAAAGCAGCGGAUGAUGCUGAGAUUUGUGAAUGUUUGAGUGUAAGGAGUGAAAGUUAGUUGUUAUGUAGAGUGUGGGCAGCAUAUCAUGUUCUAUAAUUUUGACAACUCCCUCAACUUCAA